AUGUCUGCCACUCUGACUCAACGUCGCGUUGGCGACAAAUCUACUAAGGGACUAAGCGCUAUCGACACCUACGGUAACGAAUUCAAGGUUCCUGACUACACCAUCAAGGAGAUACUGGAUAAGAUUCCUAAACCCUGUUACGAGCGUAGAUUAACUAGCUCGUUUUAUUACGUUUUCAGGGAUAUCGCCGUGUGUCUUGCAUUCGGAUACGUCGCAAACACUUACAUCCCUAUGGUUCCUAACAUGGCGCUAAGAGGAGUGUUGUGGGCUGCAUACUCCGUUCUCCUAUCCCUUCCUUACACCGGGCUAUGGGUUGUGGGUCAUGAAUGCGGACAUCACGCUUUUUCCGAUUACGUGGCUGUGGACGACACUGUGGGCUGGAUCAUCCAUUCGUACUUGUACGUGCCAUACUUCUCCUGGAAGUUCAGUCACGGCAAGCACCACAAGGCCACUGGUCACCUGACUAGAGAUAUGGUGUUUGUUCCAAAGACUGUUGAGGAGUUUAAGAAAGAUCAUGGGGUCGACAGCAGGGUCAAGCUCAGCGAGCUGGCUGAAGACACUCCUAUCCAAACUCUUACAAGUCUGUUGAUGCAACAGUUUGGUGGCUGGUGGUGGUACCUGCUCACCAACGUUUCGGGUCAAAAAUACCCCGGACACAGCACUUUUGCUGUUUCUCACUACAAUCCAGUGUCUCCUAUUUUUGAGAAGCGUGACUUCUGGUACAUUGUGUUGUCCGACAUCGGUGUGUUGGCCCAAACUUUCGUCUGUUACCAGUGGUGCAAGAGCUUUGGUGCUUUCCACUGGGCAGUCAACUGGCUGGUUCCAUACAUCUUCACCAACCACUGGUUGGUUUUCAUCACCUACCUCCAACAUACCGACAUGACUCUGCCACACUAUGACAGCAACGAAUGGACGUUUGCUAGAGGCGCUGCUGCAACCAUUGACAGAGACUUUGGCUUUAUUGGUUGGUUCUUCUUCCACGACAUUAUUGAAACCCACGUUUUGCACCAUUAUGUCUCGCGUAUUCCCCACUACAACGCCAGACCAGCCACCGAUGGCUUGAAGGAGGCUAUGGGCUCUCACUACCGCUACUCUGGUGAGUCCAUGUGGAAGACCCUGUGGAACUCCGCUAGAGCUUGCCAAUUCGUGGAAGGUGAAAAUGGUGUUCGGAUGUUCCGUAACGUCAACGGUGUGGGGGUGGCUCCAAAAUCUUGA